UUUGCGCCAGAUAAAUACCACCUAAUACACUUCACAAAAGCCCGCAAGUUUGUCAACGUAAAAGCUACAGUUAAUAUACAGGGCUUUACCGAAGGCCCUAUAACAGACCUAAGAAUGCUAGGGGUCCAGGUGGAUUCCAAACUUAAAUGGGGCCCGCAUAUUAACACCACGAAGAACAAAGCCACGGCCCAGAUGGGGGCCCUUACGAGGCUCACGGCGUCGACCUGGGGCGCAAGCUUCCGGAAGGCACGCACAAUAUACUCGGCGGUUAUUAGGCCUGCCAUCACGUACGGAUGCACCUCCUGGUAUACUACACCGGGCAUAAAAGAGCAGAUCAGCAAGACAAAGAUUAAGCAGCUCGAAACAGCACAGAACCAGUGCCUUUGUGCUAUCUUAGGGGCAUACAAGACAACAAGUAUUAGGGUGAUGGAGCACGAGACAUUAUGCCCUCUACUCCGGCUAAAGCUGGAGGAA